AUGAUAAAAACUGCCGUGGCCAUUGCUAAGCAGGAGGGCGUGUUGAAGUUAUGGAGCGGUCUGAUGCCGAUGUUCCAACAACAUGCAAUAUAUUCAGGCUGCAGGCUGAUUUUCUACGAGCGGUUCCGGAACGCGUUCAAGGAUGAUAAUGGAAAGGUCUCUUUGGGUAUUGCAUCAUUGGUCAUUGUAGACGCUGACAAUGUUGAUAGCAGUGAGACUGCUGCUGAAGCUGUCGUUAGUUAUGAAGCGGUAAUUCAAGGUGUUGGUAAUAAGAGACGAGUAUGA